UGAAAACAAAUUGCAAUCAAUAAAUAAUACAGAAAACGAAGGUAGAACGCAAUGCAACAGCAAAAUGGAAGAAGCAAUGGUGCUCUAUUCCACGCCGGAACACCUCAAUUCCCUCACAUGCCUCGCUCUCUUCAUCGCCAAACACUACCCUUCCAUCUCCGUCGUCCUCCUCUGCACCGCCGCCGCACCCCCUCUCCCCGCCGCGCCCUCCCUCACCUUCCGACGCCUCCCCGCCCCCCCUCUCCCGCCAAAAACCACUUACAACCCCCUCGAGCUCUUCUUCGAAGCCCCUCGCCUCAACAACCCUAAUUUUCGGCGAGCCCUGGCAGAAAUCGCGGGAAAAUCAAACAUCAGAGCGAUCGUCCUCGACUUUUUCUGCUCCUACGCAUUCGAAGUGGGUGAGAGCCUCAGCAUUCCGACCUACUUCUGCAACACCACCGGCGCGUUCGGCCUCUGCGCUCUGCUCUACUGGCCGACCGUUCACGAGAUUACGGGCGGGGAAUUUGGCGACGCCGUUGAGAUCCCCGGCUGCCCGGUGAUUCCGACCACGAAUCUCCCCGAUGUGAUGCGUUUUCCUCAGAGUCUUAGUUACAAACACAUGAUACACAUGGCGACCAACAUGCAGAAAUCAGCUGGAGUGAUCAUCAACGCGAUAUACGCGCUCGAGAUGAGAGCGCUAGAAGCAUUGGAGAACAAUCUGUGCACUCCGAAUUUGCAGACGCCUCCUGUUUACACGAUGGGGCCGUUGAUCGAUGUGGAGAAAAACGCCGCCGCCGAUUGCCUGCGAUGGCUCGAUUCGCAGCCGAGUAAGAGCGUGAUUCUACUCUGUUUCGGGCGGAGAGGCGAGUUCUCGGCGGAGCAAUUGAGGGAAAUGGCGGUUGGAUUGGAGAAUUCCGGGUACGGAUUUAUUUGGGCGGUGCGGAAUCCGGAUCUGGAGGCGGUGCUGCCGGAGGGUUUCCUUGAGAGGACAAGAGGGAGAGGGCUGGUGUUGAAGUCAUGGGCGCCGCAGACGGAGGUGCUAAGGCACGGGUCAGUGGGGGGAUUUGUGACGCACUGCGGGCAGAGCUCGAUGCUGGAGGCGGUGUGGUUCGGAGUGCCCAUGAUAUGCUGGCCGCUGUACGCGGAGCAGAAGAUGAACCGGAUUUUCAUGGUGGAGGAGAUGAAGGUGGCGCUGGCGGUGGAGCUGGGGCCGGAGGGGUUCGUGACGGCAGUGGAGCUGGAGGAGAGAGUUCGGGAGCUGAUGGAGUCGAGGAGGGGGAAGGAGAUCAGGCGCAGGGUGGCAGAUUUCAAAGUCGCGGCGGGGGCUGCGGUGAGGGAGGGUGGAUCGGCGGUUCUGGCGCUACACAAGUUUAUGGAGGCGGUAACUCGGCUUUAGGAUGCGUAAUUCUUCUUAAUUCAUCGUAUUAUGUAUUUCUAUUUGUACUACUAUCUUUCAAGAUCCUACUCCUAUAUCUUAUGCAGUUGAUGGUAA